UUUCCCUGUGGCCCUUAGUCUGACGCCCGCAGCGUGUGGCCAUUGAGACGAUGCGAAUUGGCCGUACGCUUCCCGCGCACGAGCCCAGAGGCAAGUUCUUUAUGAUGUAAAAGGUGAUUCGUUAUUGAGAAGACAGCAGCUGGUGUGACUUAUCGAAUACCAGAUCGUAAUAACAGGCUAGCCACGUAACGGGAAGUAGCCAUGGCCGCUGACGGCACAGUUGCCGAAGCGACUGGUCGGUAAUAAGGUUGUCUCAUGAAGCUUCCGGUCUGGCCGAUAUCGUGGAGCCACCUGCAGGCUCUUUGAACGACUCAUUACUACAGGGCGACUCGUUACGGAACAAGUCGUUACAAGACGACUCGUUACAGGACGCGUCCGCGUCACAGAUGGCCGAACACGAAGCGAGCAAGGAGGCCGAGGUGGAGAAGCAUUUGGCUGAAAUGGCAGAAGCAGCAGAGCUGGAGGGAAGAUUGGACAUGGCGGAAGGCCCAGAGGCGAACGAGAUUCGCGCGGGUCUUUUUUACCCACGCAAUUCACAAACGCACGAUUCAGAAGCGCACGCUGUAGACGGACGCCGUGAAGAAGCGCAGGACGGCACGGAAGGCUCGGACCAGCGGGUCGAAGACGGGGACGCGCAGGGAGCGGGCAACGGACACGAGAGACAUCACGAGGACGAAUUUGAUAGACACAACGACGGAACGAUCAGCCUGCGCACGCGAGCGCGGCUGUCGCUGGCGCAGACCCCGAUCGAGGACCUGGAGGUGAUGCUAGCGAGGGUGCCUCUAGAGGGGGAGGAGGGGGAGGAGGAGGAGUUUGUGUUCCCGAUAGAUGAUGACGACGAGGAGUACCAGCGGUUCCUGUCCGCCGUGCUCUUCCCAGACUCGCCCUGUGCGAGUGACCACGAGGGGGACGAGGGGGACGGGGAGGGGGAUGAUGAUGGGGAGGAGGAGGAGGGGGAAGAGGAGGGGGAGGAGGAGGGGGGGGAGGGAAGAAGGGAGGGUGGAGAAGAGGAGGUGGAGGAGGAGGGGGACUGUGAUGCACGAAAAGGGGAGGGGGGGGUUGAGGGAGAGGAGGAAGAUGAGGGAGAUGAGGAGAGGGUGGAAGGAGCAGCAGCGGAAGGGAUGGGAGGGGAGCAGGAAACAGAGGAGGUUGGUGUAGGAGGGGGAGAGGGGGAAGGGGUGCAGGGAGAGGGCGGGGAUGAAGAGGAGGAGGAGGACGACGACGACGACGAGGAGGACGAGGAGGAUAUGGAUUUCAAUAUCGACGACCUGUUGUUGCUGGAGGGGGAUGAGGAGUUUCUAAUGGACGAUGACUUACUGGAUCUACAGGACUUCGUUGUAGACGAGGAGGACCUGGACAGAGGGCUUCUAGCGGGGCUGGAGGAUGAGCUUAUAGCGGAGAUGCAGGCUAAGGCUGAUGCUGAAGCGGCUGCAGAGGCCGCUGCCAGGGCGGAGGAGGAGGAAGCAGUGGAGGCGGAAAAUGAGGAGGGGGAGGGGGAGGAAGGGAGGGGGAGAUCUAAGAGGCGCAAGUACCGCCAUGGGGAGGCACAGACAGGGGAUGGGGGGCUGGGGAGCGGAGAGAUGGGAGGCUUGCAGGAGGGAAGGAGGGAGCAGCAAGCAGCAGCAGCGGUUGGGUGUGAGGCAGAGGCCCCACAGCUCCACCACCAGCACUCUGCUGCUGCUGCUGCUGUGUCCACGGGUAAUGGCCAGGAGCCAGCCAAUGAGCAGCUGCCACCUGUGCAGGGAGCUGGUGGAGGGGGCAGGGGAUGGGCAGGUGAGGCGGGUAGUGAUGGGGUGGGGGUGCGGAGGUCUAAGCGGUCGACAGCGGGAGUGUCGAGGAGGAGAGGCAAGGGGAGGGAGGGGGGGAGGAAGGAAGGCGAGGGGGCGAGGAAGGACGGCGAGGGGGCGAGGAAGGAAGGCGAGGAAGAGGGUUCCAAGAGGAGGCAGAGGGCAAAGAAGGGGGCAGGUGCAGCGAGAAAGAAGCAAGGUGGGGCGAUGAAGCAUGGGGGUCGGGUAAGGGAAGAGGGCCACGGUGAUAUAGCAGUGGGUGGAGCCGCCAUUGCAGGGGAAGUUAGUAGUGCUGAGGGGGCGGCUACUGGUUCAGCUACUCAGGCCGCUGCUGCUGCUGGCCCAUCAGCCUUACCUUCUGCUGGUGACUGCAGCGGUGGCGGGGGGGCGUCGCCCCAAGCAAUCAGCGCAGCGGUACCGUGUGGGAUGGGACACGGCCGGCGCAAGGGCUCUGCGUCCGCACCAAUUGCCACAGGCAAUCCCGGUGCCACGGACGCUGGGUCUGGCAUGGGGGGGAGUGGUGGAGCACCGGCAGGGAGGAGACAGGCAAGCAGGAAGGGGCGCUUAGGCAGAACUGCUGUUGCUGAGGCUCCAGAGGGUGCUGAUGGUGCUGGGUCCACUGAGGCUGCUGCUGCUGCUGCUGUUUCUGCUGCUGCGGCGGCGGCUGUUUCUGCUGCUGCUGCUCCUGUGACUGUUGUUCCUAUUGCCGGGUCUAUGCCUCCCACUCGCCUCCUCCUCAUCGCCCCUCUCCCCGGCAUGCACUCGUUUGUGCCACUCCCCCCUCUCCCACGCUCCGCUUACCCCUUUUCUUCUCACCCAAUCGCACGCAUCGCCCCCCGCCCUAUCCCCCCCGCGUUCGCGCCACAUCAGCGCGCCCAGCUGGCGGCCUUGCUGGCGUGUCACGUCCAGCUGGCAGUCCAGGUGUAUGCAGCGUGUGUGCUGGACCCCUCUCUCCCCCAGGUGGCAACAGUCCUCAGGGGAUUGCUGGGGCAGCUGGCGCAGUGGGGGGGAGGUUUUGCAGGGGGAGGUAGUACCGAGUCAGACGACGCUAGAGGAAUUGUGAGGAGUGUAGCUGGUGCUGAUUCCUCUGGGGUUAGGGUACCAGCCUCUCCCCCCUCCCGCCUGGAAGCUCAGGGCUCUGCCACUGCCUUGGCCUCCGACGCUGCUGCUGCCGCUGGUGCUGCUGCUGCUGCUGCUGCUGCUGCUGCUGCUGCUGCUGCUGCUGUGGACGGCACUGGUGGUGACCGCGGUGGUGCUGGCACUGUUGGCGGGCACAGUGUUGCGAGGCCAGCAUCACGGCUGGCAGAAGCCAUUCCCAGCCUCAAGCUUCUUCCCUCCUUCUUGCUCUCCAUUGACAAAGUUCUCCAGGAGCAAUCUAUGAAGUCGCAACAGACAUGCAUGGGAACUGUAGCAGCAGAAACACCACCGCUAGGAGCAGCACCAGCAGCGCCAUCAACAGCAGCGGCAACAGCAGAAAGAGCAUCGUCGACAUCAUCGGCAGCAACACAGCCACCAUCGUUCUCGGCAGACAUGGCGGCAGCUGCUAAAACACCACAAGCAACACAAGCACCACAAGCAACUGCAGCGGCACAGCUGUCAGCGCUUCCGCCACCGCCCGCUGCAGCUGAAGCAGCUGCUGCUGUGCCAUCCCCAGCACGCCCACCACAUCCGUUGCCACUAGCAGCAGCAGCAGCAGCAGCAGCAGCAGCAGCAGCAACAGUAGCAGCACCAUCAGCAUCAUUACCUGCAGCACAAGCACCAGAAGCACAUGCAGCAGCAGCACAAGCAGCAGCACAAGCAGCAGCACCAGCUGCUGAACCGUCUCUAGAGCGGCCACCACACCCAUCGCCGCUCGCAGCAGCAGCACCCAGGGCAGCUGUGGCCCACGCUUCGACUCAAGACGCAUCAGAGCCCAACGCCACAGUGGAUGAACCACCCGCACCCGUAGCACCCAGCGUUGCCCCACGUCCAUCUGGGUCAGCACCAUUUGUUGCUGGCCCGAGCGUUCUUGCGGCUGAUAGAGGAGAUGCUGAGAGGUGCAGGGGGGCUGAGGGGCCUGGUGAAGGAAGGGGAGGGGUUGAGGGAGAGGGCAUGGGUAGGGAAGUUGAGAGGCGCCUGACCAAUGCACAGCAGGAGCAGCAGGAGGAGCAUACCCAGCUGCGGCAGCAGCAGCAGCAACAAGAGUUGCUGGCACAGGAAGAUCAGCAGCAGCCCCGGCCACAGCACGAACAACAUCUAUUUUCGAAAGAGCGCCAUAGUAAUUAUCAUCAUCAUCAUCAGCAGCAGCAGCAGCAGCAGCAGCAACAACAACAACAAGUGAGAGUGAAGAAGAGAAAGAGGAAGAGGAAGUGGCUGCCAAUGUUCCCAACACCCUCCACCAUCCUCCCCCUCAACCCCUCCACCCCUUCCCCCCCCCACAAGGCUCCUCGCUUGCACGUCACCAAAGGCCCUGCUUCUGGAUGCCGAGGGGAGAAGGAGCGCAAGCAUGAGGGGGGAGAGCAGGAGCGGGGAGAGCAGGACGCAGGAGAGGAGGAGCAGGGAGAGGAGGAGGCGGAGGGAGCGGCUGUGGGGGGAGCGGAGGAGGAGGGGCGGAGGGCGGGGGUGGGCGAGGUGGUGCGGGUGCCGGGCGAGGUGGCGGCGGUGCUGCAGCCGUUCGCAGCCUUGUUUGACGCAUCGCUCUUCCCUGUGGUGCGCCCGCCUCUGCAGCACCGCACCAUCUUCUCCCCCACAGAGGACAGGCUGCUGGCCAUGGGGUUGGAGCACCUGAGCACGGACUGGGAGGCCAUUCACAGACGCUUCCUGCCUGGGAAGACGCCGCACCAGAUCUGCAUUCGCUGGAAGAACCGGUGCUCCUCGCGGGUGCCCGACAACCCAAUCAAGGAAGUGUGGCGGCGCAAGACUGCUCCCUUGACUGACGACGAGGUCGAUAAGAUACAAACGGCCCUCAACGCAUGGAAGCUGGACUGGCACGCCAUGAGUCUGGCUGUGAUGCCUCACCGCGACCCCAACCAGCUAAGGCGGCUGUACAUGGAGGCGUGCUCUGCCAGGCGCCAGGCGCAGAGGGAGCAGCAGCGGGCGGAGCGCGAGCAGGUGAUGCAGCGAGAAGAGCAGGCGCAGAGAGAGCAGCAGAGGGUGGAGGGAGAACGGGAGCAGGUGGAGAGGGGACAGCAGGUGGUUCAAAGGGAGCAAGAGGUGGAAGCAGAGCAGCAGUGCGAGGGAGUGGAGGGGGAGGGAGAGCAGCAGGAGCAGCAGGAGUUGCAGCAGCAGGAGUUGCAGCAGCAGGAGGAGCAUGGAGGAGAGGAUUACGAGAAGACUGCGGGAGGGGAGCAAGACUUAAGCAGGGCAGAUGGCAGGAGCAGGGCGGAAGAUAGAGGCGCUUGUUGUGAGGUGCGUGGGGCCAUGGUUGAAGCAGCAUGGCAGCACACGCCAGGGGAGCAACCAAGAGUUGCCGGGGCAUCUAAUGGCUGUGCACCAAAUGGUAUCACAGCAUUCAGCAGCUCAAACGGCAGCACCAGAAGCAAGGCCACAUGCCACAUGGCAUUCCAACAGCUGUUCCCCAACCAGCAGCACCUGCUGCAGCCUUCCCUGCAGUUAUGCCCUUCCCAGGUGCCACCUGGUCGCCCCGACACUGUAGCCACGGCGAUAUCGUUGCUGAGUCAGCAACCGGACCUGAGGCUGACUCAGCGAUCGCUGGAGCCUGUGGUGGAAGGCGCAAGUCCAGGCCAUGGGGAGGUGGCAACUGGGGAAGGUUUAUGUGGUGGGAGAGAAGUGAGUGGAAGAAAAGGGAAUGGGAGAGCAGAGAGAGCAAGCGGUCCAUCUGGGGCAUUAGAGGGGGCUAGCAUGUUCCUGAGAUGGUCACUGUUGCAACCGGCAGUGUUACAACCGAUGGUGUUACAACCAACAGUGUUACAACCGGCAGUGUUACAACCAACAGUGUUACAACCGACAGUGUUACAACCGACAGUGUUACAACCGACAGUGAUACAGCCCAUGUUGCUGCAAGCAAGGCCCUUGGUAGCAGUGAGCUCUGAGAACGCUGGAAAAGGUGAGACUGGGGAUAGUGAGGAGGAGCAGGGUGAGCAAGAAGGGGAGGAGGAGGAGUUGGAAGGAGGCGGGGGAGGAGUGGGGCAGGUGCAUGGAAGAACUUCUUGCGAGCGGCACGGGCUCACCCCAGCCCAAUCUCAGCAGCAGCAGCAACAGCAGCAGGAGGAGCGGCGACAGCGGUGGCGGCAGCACCAGCCGUUCAUCCAGUUCCGUGAGCUGCUGCUGCGAGGCGAUGAUGCCAAGGAGACAAGUGAGGAAGGCCGCACGGUGCCCGCUGUGACUCACGGGAUUGUGACUGCAGCAGAUGCGGCUGCACUGCCAGGGGCAGCAAUCCCCGUGGGAGGGGAAGGAGGGGGAAGAGUCCCUGUAAGAGGAGAGGAGGAAAUGCACAGCGUGGCUGCACAAGCUGCUGGGCACGGGUGUGAGGCAGGAAGGGUAGACGCAGUGGUGCCUGCUGUUGAAGCAGCUGUCGCUAUAGCGACUCCUGCCCUCGCACCGAUGGCACAAGCUGCAGCAGCCGAAGCACCUGCAGCAGCACCAGAGGCGGCAAUGGAGGUAUCAGGGGCAGUGAGAGAGGAGACACCAGCAGCAGCUACUUGUGACGAGUCAGUAGUUAGAAAGGCGUUGAUCACAGCAGCAGAUGCAGAAGAAGCGGCAGCAGAAGCAGAAGCGACAGCAGACGCAGAAGCGGCAGCAGAAGCAGCAAAAGCAGAAGCAGAAGGAGCAGGAGGAGAAGGAGAAGCAACAUCAGUGGCAUCAGCAGCAGAAGCAGCAGCAAGGGUGGCAUCACCACCACCAAUGGGUCCGAGCCUGCACAACCACCCAUCUGCUGUUGACCUGCUGGCUGCAGCUGCUGCUGCCGCCGCUGAGUCAGAUGCACGUCAUGCUGAGUCAGACACUAUCUGUGCUGAUGAGAACGAAAGUUUGUGCUCACAACCACUAACUGGUGCUGCUGGUGAUGUAGUUGCUAUUGGUGCUGCUGCUGGUGCUGAUGCUGUUGGUGGUGUUGGUGCUGCUGGUGGUGUUGGUGCUAGCGCCGCUGAUGCUGGUGCUGCUAGUACUGCUAUUGCGGCUGUUGAUGUUCCUACCACUACUACUUUUCGUGCUGAUGGCAGUCGUGAUGCUGCUGACCGUAACCAUGCUGCUCACCACAACCAUGCUGCUGACCGCAACCAUGCUGCUGACCGCAACCAUGCUGCUGACCGCAACCAUGCUGCUGAUGGUAACCAUAUGGACAGGGGUGAAAUGGGCAGUGGAUGGGAGAACACAGGGCAGUUAGGACAGGGCGAUGGGUCAAGACACGCCGGCGGCACUUGUGAUGCUGCUGCCGCUGCUGCUGCUGAUGGUGAUACUACCGCUGCUAGUGUUGCUGAUGAUGAUGCUGAUGGGGCUGAUGCUGCCGCUUCUACCUAUGUUGCUGCUGCUGCAGACACUGAUGCUGUUGAUGCUGCUGCUGCUGCUGCUGCUGCUGCGAAUGCAUAUUCUGAUUUUAAUGAAGCUGAUACUGGUGCUGCUGGCGACGCUGGCACUGAUGCGGCUCCCUCGUCCAAAGGCCAGCCGCCUCCAUCCCUAGCUUCCCUUGGCUCCCAGCCACCAUCCCCGGCAUCCCCUCUCUCUUGCCCAUCCCCACCAUCCCCUCCCUCUCCUGCAUCCCCACCACCCUCUCUUCCUCCAUCCCCAGUGCGCCCUCUUCCUUCGCCGUCCCCACCACCCUCCCCCUCUCCCCACCCAUGUGCCUCAGACGCCGCUCCCCCAACCAUCUUCAUCCGAGCAGCCUUCCUCUCCGCUCACCCCACCCCCACUCGCCGCCCACCACCGCCACCACCUCCCACUCGUCCUGCUCGCCUCUCAGCCGCCCUCUCAGACGCACCUCCCCCAACAAGCCCUUCUUUAUUUCUGUUGCAAUCAGCCCCUCCCUCAGUUGAGCCUCCCCCAGCUGGCCCUUGCGCUCCUCCCUCUCGACUGCUCGCUGCCCUCUCCCUGCCCCUCUCUGCCACCCCUAUGGGUGCAAAGCCUAUCUGCUUCCCUCCUGCUGAUGCAGCAGUGGCGCUGCCAGAAAGAGCGGUAGUAGCAGCACCACCAGCGGUGGUAGCACCAGUGGAAGCAGCAGGGACAGCAGCAGGAGCAGCAGCAGGAGCGGCAGUAGGGCCGGCAGCAGCAUCUGCUGCUGGUCUCAUGGCACCCUGUGCGCCCCAAUUGCAGGCAGGCACAGCAGUGAGUGGUGCAGGGAUUAGAGCUGCUGCUCUGUCUUCCGCUGCUGCUGCUGCUGCUGCUGCUGCCACCGCUGCUGCAUCACUGCCACGUGCAGAAGCACUAAGAGCAGCAGCAGCAGCAGCACCAACAGAGGCAGCAGUGCCAGCAGCAACAGUGCCAGCAGCAACAGUGCCAGCAGCAACAGUGCCAGCAGCAGCAGCAGCAACUGAUGUGCUAGCAGCAGCAGCCAAGAGACAUGCUGUGAGCGGCAAAGCCCCUUCUGCAGCUGUAGCCGCGGUCACAGGGGCACCUGACGCGUCACUGAAGGCAGCCAGGGGCUCCAGUAGUGCACGUGAAGACCCGUCCCGGAGAAUCUCUGAGAAUAUAACAGACACAGCUGUUGGGCUUGUGAGGUCUUGUGAUGACCCCUCUCGGCAGGGCAGCAGCGGGUUGUUUGAGCUGGCACAAAGGAGAGCUGCAUCGCAGCACAGCACCGCUGGGAUGGAGCCAGUUGCUCAUGCUGCUGCUGCUGCUGCUGCUGCUGCUGCUGCUGCUGCUGCUCCUCCUGCUGCUGCUCCUCAUUCUGCUGCCAACACCGACCCCCUCGCUUUCUACCCCAUCCCCCCUCUCCCCCGCUUCCGCAACUUCCCCCCACUCCCUCCCCCCCUCCGCUCCCAGUCCCCGAAUGCCACCAGCCCCUUCCAGCCCCUCACAUCCUCUCACUCCCCCGCGCCCCAUCUCCCUCACUCUACUCCCUCUCCUGCAUCUGUGCCCUUGCGCCCCACCCCCUCUAUCCCCGCCCCCUCUAUCCCCGCCCCCUCUAUCCCCACCCCCUCUAUCCCCACCCCCUCUAUCCCCACCCCCUCUAUCCCCACCCACCCCCUUCCCACUUCCGCUCACCAUUCCCCAGCUCUGCACUACCUCCCCACUACCCUUUACUCUCUCCCUCACCCCUCUCUCGCUCACUCCUUAUCCCCCGCCCCUCGCCCCAUACCUCCUAUCAGGCCUACUCCCUGGCGCAGAUCCCCAUCACCACAGCCACCGCAGGCACCGCAGGCACCGCAGGCACCGCAGGCACCGCAAGCACCACAGCCUCCCUCCCUUCAGUUCCCCUCCUGCAUGCAACAGAUCCCCACUCCCAGCCCUCCCACUGCCCCUGACUCAACCGCCCCGGUCGCUUCCACUUCCUCUCAAGCUGUCACUCCCGCUGCUGGCCCUUCGCCUGCCUCUCUGCACUCCACAGCCGCUGCUGACCCCUCUGUAGCCCCUGCUGCCCCCUCUGCUGCUGCUGCUGCUGCUGCUCCAGCUGACCCCUCCUCGUCCCUCUUCCCCCGGCGCAGGAGGCGCAGGCGAAGGGGGAUGUUUGGGUGGCCGCCAGCAAGAGGCGUGGGGGGGGUGGGAGGAUCAGGGGGAGGAGGGGUGGGCGAAGGAGGAGGACGGGGAGGAGGGGCAGGAAAGCCGUCUAGGAGCCUGGCGCCGGUGAUGCUGCCUGACGGGCGCAUCAUUCAACUCUCCCCCUCGCUCCUCACUGGCAGCAUUGCUGCUGCCACUACUCAACCCACCACCCCCACCAUAACACCAGACACUACCAUUACAACUAUGGGCCUAACCCCCUACCCCCACCCCCACCCCCAACCCCACCCCCUACCUUUGACUGCUGGGCCUGCUGCCACUAUCAGCCUAACCCCACCUAGUGGUAUCACCCUGGUUACCGGUCAUGGUUUGCAGCCCACCCCUUCAGCCAAUCAGCUUGCGGCACCUGGCAGUGCAGCUGCUUCAGCUGUAUCUGUGCCUUGUGUAUCUACCCAGCACGUGCCUUUGGUCUCCCCAUUAGCCAAUCAGGCUGUGCCAUCUGUCGUGCCAACAGCUCCCAGGCUGUCAGUUUCUGCUGUCGCUCUCGUUGCUACCACUGCUGGUACUACUGCUGCUACAGCUUCUACUGCUGCUACAGCUGCUACAGCUGCUACUGCUGCUGCUGCUGCUGCUGCUGCUACAGCUGCUACUGCUGCUACUGCUGCUACAGCUGCUACUGCUGCCACUGCUGCUGCUGCUCAGGCGGCUACUGUUGCCACUGCUGCUGCUGCUGCUCAGGCUGCUACUAUUGCCACUCAAGCUGCUUUGGCUGCUACUCCAGCUGCGACUUCUGCUGGCACCAUUGCAGCUGCCGUUGCUGCUGCUGCAACUGCUGCUGUUACUCCUCCUGCUACUCCUCCUCCUUCUCUUGCUGCUACUUGUGCUGCUGGCACUGCUACUACUGCUGCCUCUGCUGCUGCUACGCCUUCUGCCACUCCUAACUCCACCACCACCACUGCUACCACCACGGAUUCCACUUCUGCUGCUACUACUGCUGCUGCUGCUGCUGCUCCUACUACAGCUGCUGCAGCUGCUGCUACUACUGCUGCUACUACUCCUGCUCCCGCUACUGCUGUCCCCACUGCCACCACUACCGCCCCUCACCCUGCCCAUGCCUCUCCUGCUACCCCAGCCCCCUGUCUGCAUAGGAGUGCUGCUUUGGGGAGUUCUGUAGCAGGAGGUGCUGUAGCAGGGGGUGCCGUAGCAGGGGGUGCUAUAGCAGGGGGUGCUGUAGCAGGGGGUGUUGUAGCAGGGAGUUCUGUCGCAGGGAGUUCUGUAGCAGUGCCAUCUGUAGUGGCAUUGGUCAAGCCAGUGAACGGGGUUGUAGCAGGGCCAGCGCCUGGAGCAAGGGCAGCACCUGUAGCAAGGCUGGCACCUGUUGCAAGGGCAGCACCUGUAGCAGGGAGUUCUCUAGCAGUGCCGUCUGUUGCGGUACUGGUCAAGCCUGUGAACGGGAUUGUAGCAGGGUCAGCACCUGUAGCAAGGCCGGCACCUGUAUCAAGGCCGGCACCUGUAUCAAGGCCAGCAGCUACAGCAGGGCCAGCACCUGUAGCCAGGCCAGCACCGAAUGGCAUCAAGGCGGCCAACAGGCACGCAGGGCCAUCUGUAGCACAGGCACGCUCUGCGGCCUCUGUGCAGUGUCGUGGGUUGACAUCUGGAGCACCAGCAGGCAGAAUGGCACCUGUAGCUCCCCAAGGCAGGAUGUCGCCUCUAGGAAAGGCCAGUGCGUUGGCAUCUGUAGCACAGAGAGGGCGAAUGACAGCUUUAGCAGCGGGAACCAUUGCAAGUACGCCAUGGGCCAGCAAGGGCCCUGCCAGUGGCUCUGUGUCAAUGACUGCCAGCAAGGGGCGUGGCAGUGGCUGUGUGCCACCGAGUGGGAGCAAGGUGGCGGGGAGUGCUGCUGCUCGUGCUGCUGGCCCCCUAGCCCCUGCCGCCCGCCUCGCUCCAUCACACCCUCCUUCUCAUUUCCCAAUUCCUCCCUCCAAGCCCUUCACUCCAAACGCCGCCUUCCUUCAAUCUCAGCCAUUGGAUCACCACACCGCUGCUACAUCCAUGCGUUCCUCCCCUGCCACACUGCAAUCCUCCCUCACUGUGGUUCCAGGCACCAGAGCCCCGUCUGCCUCCUCCUCACUUACCCAAACAAGGCCCCAGCCCAGCUACAGCUUCAGCCCCAGUCCAAGCCAAAGCUCGUGGCUCGGCUUGUCCAAGGCAGGCAGCGGAGGCUCGGCACAGGUGGUUCGGCCUCGGCCCAUGCUUCCUGUGCCUGUCCCGCCUGCUGGCUCCAUCCCCUCUGGCUCGGGUCCCAAUGGUUCUCUCCCCCAGCGUCCAUCGAUCCGUGCUGCCUUCCUCCUUUCCCGCCCAGCUGCCCCAUCCAUGGCUCCCUCUGCUUCUGCUCCUACGGCUGCUGCUUCUAAUGGUGCUACUAGUACAACCGCUUAUGGUGCCGGUGCUGGUGCUGCUUCUGCUAGUACCACCUCUCAGCCAAGGGACAUGGGCAGAAGAGUGUUGGGACUUGCAGCCUCUACAGCUGCAGAAUCAGAUUGUACACGGUCCAUGAGUGUGGGGGUGGCGCUUUCAAGCUCUGGGGAGGACCCGUCAGUGUCAACGUCCCUGUCACUCUCGCUGUCUCUCUCCCCGCCAUGCCCUCGUGCCGCCCAUCCUCCACGCACAGUGGUAUCCUCGACCAUCCGAUGAGGGAUGCACGACGAGGAAAGGUGGUUAGGGGACGUUGUAGAAACAACUAGUAGGGUACCUCUUGCAUCCAAUGUGACCUAUGUAUUGAAACUUGGCGAAAUGGUGCAAUUUAUUCAUUUAUGAGCUGGAUA